AUGAGUUCGUCAGAAGGAAUACAAGUGGCAAGUAAAGUGUAUAGAAACCUUCUUAAAGCAGUGAGGAAAAAUAUUGGAAAGGAAGAGCAGAAGGCCCAUUUCGUAGACUUCAUUAAGCAAGAGUUUCGCAGUGGCAACGGUGGACAGCCUGCUGUAGAUCCUUCUUCCAUUCGGCAAAAGUUAAAUCUUGCCCGUGAUUAUACCUUCCUGCUAAACAGUGUACAUCAUCAUAAGGACUUGCUAUUUUCCUAUAACAUUGCUGUGGAUAGGUCAGAUGAGAUGAAGAGAAUUCUGGGGAAAUCUGCUGCUAGUGUGGGUCUUCAACUACCUGAGGUCUAUCAGUCUUGA